AUGUCGGGUCUCACAGAAGAUGAUUACCCCGAGUAUUCACAAUUCAUCGCGAACAAAAAAGGAUAUAGUCUGGGGUUCGGGAGCCGACCUGCUCUAAUUCUCAUAGACGUCUGCGAUGCCUAUUUUACUCCAGGGCCGCUAGACCUCCGUGGAUACCAGAAAGCAGCAGAAGCACCAGCAUCAAUGAAGCGCCUACUCUCUGCAGCACAUGCUGGGAAAUGUCCUAUAAUAUGGACACAAACCAAAUACAUCCAUCCCAGAAUGAGAGAUGCAGGAUGGCUCGCCAAGAAGAAUCCCGCGUUGGAUGAAUUCCUGUUGCUGGGCGAUGGUGAUGCGCGGGGUCUGAAGUUUCUGGGCGGCCUGGAGCCAGGUGAGGAUGGCAUUAUCAUCCAUAAGAAAUGUCCGAGUGCAUUCUUUGGUACGAAUCUCCUCACGCAACUGCAUAUUCUUGGGGUUGAUACUUUGCUCAUCGGCGGAGCCUGCACAAGUGGAAGUGUGAGAGCCACUGCUUUAGACUGCAUGCAAAGUGGUUUGAGAGCUAUAGUUGUAUCAGCAGCGUGUGCUGAUAAAACGAGGGAGGCCCAUUUCUCCAACCUUUUCGAUAUCAAUGCAAAGUAUGGCGAUGUCGUUGCAGAGGAAGAAGCGUUAGAUAGUCUAAGUUCCGGAUGGUCGAUAUAG